GCUUCAGUACUCACCGUCCCCGACAAACUCCAAAACUAAUCGAAAAUUGUUCAGUUCAAACAACAACAAAACUACGAGUAUUCCCAAAAUCCUUUAUUGUUAUUUUCGAUAAUGCUGAGAUCAUCGGACCAGAUCUUCGCCUGCGGCUUUGAGAUCUUCGGCAAAGUGCAGGGCGUCCGCUUGCGCAAACAAACGCGCGAUCUGGCCACAAUGAACCAUGUUCGCGGCUGGGUGAUGAACACCGACGAGGGCACGGUCAAGGGCCAGCUGGAGGGCACCCUGCCCAAGGUCAACGAGCUUAAGUUCUGGCUCCUCAACUUUGGCAGUCCGCGGUCCAUCAUCGAGCGGGCCGAGUUUACGCCCACCAUGGAGAUACCGGCCCACACUUUUAACGGCUUUACCAUACGCUACCACCCCAAUCAGAUCGGGCAGCUUGAUCUGUAGAAAAGGAUGAAAGGAAACGGGACCAAUUAUCUCAUAUA